GAGGAGCACGUCGUUACCAUUGUGAGCUGUAGUAAGCAAACGGCAGAUUGACAUGCGAAUAGGAAAUGUGAACAGGUAGAUUUCCCAAGAACAUGGAACAGCCAACAUGGAUCCCUGAUUUGCUUAAUUAAUGAACAUCUAGAAGCCUCUGGCCUGGUCUAUCAAGAUAAAGCGACUGUGUCGGCCACAGAUGAUGUCAGUUGCGUUGAACAGGGGGAAGGUUUUCAAACCGUUAUGCCUGGAUCCCAAACACUUCCGACAAAUAAGGUAAACGCGAGGCUGUCUACGAAAUUGAAUUGCUGAAAACAGUUCAAGACCCUCCUCCGUUUUGGAAAUAUUAUAAUUUUUGACAUAUAAAGGAGCAAUUUAAAUAUGGACAAGUCGACCGUCCGCCAACAGAGCUCGGAGAAUAACUCUGUCAGCAGUAAUGACUGGGAUAUGGCAAAUGAUGUGUUUGUGUCCUGUUACGAGGAUCCAAUGGGCGAGAGUAUUCACGGCGAGAUGGACUCAGUCCAGUCCGGUUUGGACAGACACCUGCCACUGCUGCGAGGCGAGCACCGGUUAUCGCAGGACGGCAUGAUAUUGGGCCUAGUGGAGGAAGCCUAUUCUGGCUACCAUCCUGAUACAGGAACAACUUAUCUGGAAAUCACAAACGACCCUAACUACACUGAAAGUGAUGGGAAUAUCACUACAAAAAAACGGAAUCGCUCUAACAGUUCUAGGCACCGUGGCGAGGUAGUAACAGAGCUCGGACCUGAAGAAGUGCGGUGGUUUUACAAAGAGGACAAGAGAACAUGGAAGCCAUUUGUUGGCCACGAUUCUUUGAAAAUUGAAGUAAUUCAUCGCAAAUUCUGUGAAUUAAACCCAGGAACAGUCAAAUGCCAGGGUCCCACCGAAACAGAGGACGCAACGACUGGCUCCGAGGUGCAAGCGGAGGACGUCACAGAGGGGGGAGCUGUUAAUACGGAGCCAGUGACAGCCGAGGAGAAGAGUAGUAGGGAUGGCGUAUCUGUGACAGAUGACAGGGAGUUGGAUUGUAUUAACAUCAACGUAGAGGCAGUAUGCGUUAGAGGGGGUCUUUAUGAAGUGGAUGUCAAAGAAAAAGAAUGCUAUCCUGUGUAUUGGAACCAGCAGGACCGUAUCCCUGUGAUGAGGGGGCAGUGGUUCAUCGAUGGCACUUGGCUUCCCUUGGAGGAGGACGAGAGCGACCUCAUCGAACUGGAGCAUUUAGCCUGUUUCCGGGGGCAGCAGAUGAGGGACACCUAUGACGCAGAAGUGGUGCCGACCACCGUGGACGGCAAGGAUGGUAAAGUCGAUGGACUCCUGGCUGUCCACAGUCUGAAGCUGAGCCGGAACCAUGUGGAUUGGCACAGCGUGGAUGAGGUGUAUAUCUACAGUGAUGCCACUACCUCCAAGAUAGCACGAACUGUCACUCAGAAACUAGGAUUCUCCAAGGCCUCCAGCAGUGGGACCCGUCUCCAUCGAGGCUACGUGGAGGAGGCAGCUCCGGAGGACACCCCACCUGAAACCACGCACAUUGUCUUUGUGGUGCAUGGGAUCGGCCAGAAAAUGGACCAAGGACGCAUCAUCAGGAACACCAGCAUGAUGCGAGAUGCCGCCCGAAAGAUGGAGGAGAAGCAUUUUUCUGAUCGUACCACAGAGCACGUUGAGUUCCUUCCUGUGGAGUGGAGGUCUAAAUUAGCUCUGGAUGGAGACACAGUGGACUCUAUCACUCCAGACAAAGUGCGAGGACUCAGAGACAUGCUCAACAGCAGUGCCAUGGAUAUCAUGUACUACACCAGCCCUCUUUACAGAGAUGAGAUCACUCGAGGUCUGACUCUGGAGCUGAACCGUCUCUACACGCUGUUCUGUUCGCGGAACCCAGAGUUUGAGGAGAAUGGGAAGGUGUCCAUUGUGUCCCAUUCCCUGGGCUGUGUCAUCACUUUCGACAUCAUGACGGGCUGGGACCCCGUACGCUUCCAUCAUCAGGAGGCCCCAGAUCCUGAGGAGAUCAAAGCACGCUGGCCAAGUUACGAGGAGCGCCAGCUCCAAGAGCAGCUCAGACUCACUCGACUCAGGUUGAGGGAUUUGGAAAACCAGUUCCAGGGUUUGCAGACCUCAUCAGUCGCCGCCCCUGCCUUGAAAUUCAAGGUGGAGAAUUUCUUCUGCAUGGGUUCACCCCUAGCUGUUUUCUUGGCAUUGCGAGGGAUCCGACCAGGAAAUAACCGAACUCAGGACCACAUUUUACCCAAAUCCAUCUGCCAACGUCUCUUUAACAUCUUUCACCCCACUGACCCAGUGGCAUACAGACUGGAGCCCCUUGUCUUAAAACACUACAGCAACAUUUCACCUGUCCAGAUACACUGGUAUAACACCACCAGUCCCACACCCUACGACCAGAUCCGUCCCACUCUGCUGAACCCCCUGAAGGAGAGUGCCUCUGUGUCGGACACGGAGAGCAUCCCCAGCCCCUGCACCUCUCCUCCACAGGCCCGCAGGCACUACGGGGAGUCCAUCACAAAUCUGGGCAAGGCUAGCAUCAUGGGUGCGGCUAGUAUUGGGAAGGGCAUUGGUGGAAUCCUCUUCUCUCGCUUCUCUCGCUCCAGUGGUCAGGUAGGUGGAUUGGAGGAGGAGCCCUCUGAUUCUGAGGGCGGGGCCUCUGAGGUAGAGAAUGUGAUAGGGGAAGAGGGUGGGGCUACGGAGGGAGAGGAGAAGGUAGAGGAGAGGAAGGAGGUGGAGCCCACCAUGUCUCAGUCCACCUCAGCUAUCCUGGAUAACACCUCAUUGGAGUUGGAGAGGCGCAUUGACUUUGAGCUGCGAGAGGGCCUCGUGGAGAGCCGCUAUUGGUCGGCCGUAACCUCCCACACAGCCUAUUGGUGCUCUCACGAUGUGGCUCUGUUUCUCCUGACAUUCAUGUAUAGACAGCAAGAUCCAGCGGAAACCACUGAUGACAGUCCAGAGUUAUCAUAACACACGCAUACUUUUCACUCAACACAUUUCAUUGACCCACAGUUUACUCAGUGCAUUAACCUUUACCCACACAGUGCAGAUGUAACUGUGCUUUAGAAACCACUUCAGACAUGUUGUGUCCAUUUGAUCAAAGACGUUUCCUCUUGCUCCCCCCAGACCCUGACUGUUUAAUCUCUCACACUAUUCUUCUACCCUGUGACUGUGUUAGUGACAGUCUCUCCGACUGCUAAAUACAAUGAUGACUGUUCCUUUCCCGUGUUCCUGAAUGAUAACGUGAGUUUCCAUGAGCACCUGUCCAUCAGUCAGGACCCAGCAGUGACUGUGACUAGACCCUCUGCUACUGUAGCCAUAGCUAAAGCCUAACCUCUCUCAGCAUGCAGCUUCAACUCUCAUUCAGUGUCUGGCCUGUUGAGGGAGUCACAUGUGUACCCAUCUCUACAUAUUGUAUUGCCUCAGAGAAGAACAUUUAAUUUCAAUCUAUUUGAUUCAGACUUGUGAGAAAGCCAACUUGGAAUUGUAUGUUAGCCUUUACACUGGAACCAUUAAGAAAGUAUGCCUAUCUAACUGAAUAAUAGGCCUGCUUGUUCAGCUUAAACUACUAGGACCAUUUGGGUAAUUGUGAACCGAGUCAUGUUUACUGCAAGUGCACAACAGUGUAUCAUGUGGAAAAUUAUUUUGUUGCUUUUUUGAGGAACUCAAACUAGUGGCCAAAUAUUUGUUGAUCAUCAUAAUAUUGCCUGGUGAAUGUUUUUCUCUUCAAUUAUAUGUGAGAGAUAAACACUUUGUCCAAAUAGUUGGUCUUGGUCUUGAUCCAACACAAAGCACUAUCUUACCGACACUGACAUGUUGCACAUGAAUUUCUAUUUAGCUGCACUUUUUAGUCAGGCAACAAACAAAUGUUCACACAUGAAGGACCCAUGCAGAAUGUCACAUUUUCAACCACGGGUUUGUGUUUUAAUCUCUGUUGUAGCACAGGGACUUGGAUAACACAAUAGCUACAAUAUUUGGUCACAUUUCAGUUUAACUGUAAUGACAAUUGAUAAUUCAACAAGAAUUGAAAGUUAAAUCAAUUGUGUUUUUGGUCAUAAUGAAGCAUGAUAUGCAGUAUGUACAGGCCAUUUAUAUGGGCUUUGUUGAAGAUUGUCUUGCUAUGAUUUAAAUGAGGGACAGAAGCAUGCAGAGAAUAAUUUUAAGCCAAUUGGACAGGUUAUUUUUCAGAUUUAUAAGUUGAUUCAAAUAUUGGAUAAGGGUUUUAAUCAAUUGAAUUGCCCUUACAUUGAUUGAUGUAAUUUCAUUGUGGUCACCAGUCAGAAACGGUUAACAUUUGCCAUAUUUUAUGUUACCAUCAGUUAAUUUUUAUUCAUUUAAGUUUAUACUUUAUUUUGCAGAUAUAUUGUACGUUUUUCAUGUUAUGUGUCUGUGUUUCUACAUUGUGAAGUUUUACCCCUUUACCUCAGUAGCGUCUAAUAUUGCCUUUGGUCUUAACAGAAAAAGACUUAUCAAUACGUGUCUCCUUAGUUCUGCUUAUACGUGUUGACAUAUCACACUGUUUAACAGAAAACUAGUAGCUUAUUCCUCCUGCUCCUUAGGAUACAAUAUAGCCUACCAAUUCCUGUGCCAUAUCUUGUAAGUGACAUAGAUGUAUUCUCAUACGUUUACAUAGAGACUCCAUGCUAGACAAACUGAAAGUACUGUGCCCUUUUAGGAAACUGAACUGUUUUGUGAUGUGGGUAGUUAACCCAUCAGUUGUAUCUCCCAUUGCCUUGCACAAGAUGACACUAUUUUUUGUCAUGCUCACCCUUUCUAACCUUGGUAUUCUGUUCCCUCUUCAAAUGAAUGACGUGGUGCUUUAAUUACCUUGGUAAUCUUUUUGUUUUUCAUUAAAAUAGAU